AUGGACUUCAAAUCCCUGAUGUCAGCCCAGAUCGCCAAAUCAAAACCACCGCCUUCAAAAUCUCCUUCCAGUCCCUCCCCAGCUCCCAACUCUCCCACUUCCACAACGUCCAGUAAAUACGUCCGCCGCGCCGACCUUGAAGCGUCCAGACAAGCCGCCUACCUCGUCGAACAGGCCAAACUCUCAGCCGAACGGGAAGAACGCCUCGCAAAGAAACGAAAACUCGAGGAGGAGGAAGAGGAACGGAAUGCGCGUAGGGAGGAGAAACUGCGGAAACUGGCCGAGGAGUCAAGGAGAAGGAGAGAAGAAGAGGAGCAGCAAGAGGAGAGGAAACGAAGAAAACGCCUUGGGCUGCCUGAGGUACCAGACCAACUAGCUCUUGAAGACGGGAAAACAGGCGAAGGGAAAGAAGGUACAGGUGAAGCUGGGGAGGAUAUCCCCGACGACGAGCUACGAAGCAAACUCCGCGAACUCGGUGAACCGGCUACUCUCUUCGACGAAGAUCACUCUGCACGAUUAAAGCGCUACUACGCUCUCACCCAAACCGCUCUGGCGACUUCACAAAAGCUGAGCAAUGGACCUAUCCCAACCACAUUAGAACCCGUCGCGGCAAAGGACAUGCUCCUGCCCUCAACCCUUCCUCUUCAACCGGGAACAAAAGAACACGCAUUCCUCUAUCGCCAGCUUGCGUCCUACUUCACGCUCUUACUCACCGAAUGGUCGCAGGCGCUCUCCGAACGAGAUGAGUUGGUCAAGCAAUCCUCCAGCGGCAAAGCCGCGUACAACAACUAUCUCGUCGUGUUGAAAGACCUCACCCCUCUGUUCCGGCAGUUCGAGAAACAAUCCCUCGACCCGAGCUUGCUUGAACCGAUCUGCAAGAUUGUGCGCUCCGCCCAGAAGAGACGGUACGUCGAGGCAAACGACGAGUAUCUUACUUUGUCGAUCGGCAAGGCGGCAUGGCCGAUCGGUGUGACCAUGGUUGGUAUCCACGAACGGUCCGCAAGAGAGAAGCUGCAUGAGAGCUCGAGCGGGAAACAGGCGCAUAUCAUGAGUGACGAGGUGACGCGGAAGUUUCUGCAGAGUAUUAAGCGGUGCAUCAGCUUCGCACAGACGAGGUGGCCGCCGGAGGAUUUGGGGCAGCUAAUGGGGUGA